AUGGACGGGGGCGAGGGCUUCCGGGCCUUGCUAAGAUCCGUAGAGGAGCAAUACGAGAAUGACAUUCACGAAGUCCGAUGUGCCCGGCGAUCGAAAAUGUCGAUGAAUCAUCCCGGUCGCCGCAGCUUCGGCUCGGAUAGCCAGGCAGGGGGGACCCCCAAGGUGUCCGUGGUGGACGCGUCUCAGAAGGAUGUCCAGACUCCCGUAGCACCGUCCCCUUCCAAGCCCUCCGUGCACGAGCUCGAGAUACCCCCCGAGCUGCCGGAACAUCCGCAGCGUCGUUCAAGCGUCCGGCUCUCCGACCCCCUCCGGACCAAUCUCAAGCCCAAGAGGGCGAGCUUUGUCGCGCAGCCCCGCUCCUCGCGACGGACUUCUUUUGCAGACUCCAGAAACGAGAGGUCCGAUUUCGAAUCGGACGAGCUGCAAGUACUUCAGCACCGCGGAAAUGACAGCCAGAGGUCCUCCAUCCGUUCCUCACUCUCCAGCGACCAAGCCGCCGCUCGAACAGGCUUCAAUGCAGGGAGAGGGCGCCGGACACUCUUCUUCGACAAGUCGCCCGAGGAGAUGGAGGCAAUGUUCCAAGAGGCACUCAAUGAGGAGGAGGAAGACGAUGACAGUGAACCGGCCGUCACCAUAAGCCGUCGCGACUGGCUUGGCGGAUGGCUCGGGAGAAGCCGAGCAAAGCUGAAGCAGAUGCUUGAAACAGAUGGCUUUGAGAUGCUCAUCUCCACCUGCAUCCUCUGCAACGUGGUUGUCAUGUGCUGCGUUGCGCAGUACCGCGGCCUCGACAUCGGCUACAAUAUCGUCUACCCUGGCAUGACUCGAAAGGCAGAGGAGCUGUGGCCAGGCCUGCCGCAUGCCCUUCAGCACCUGGACACAUUCUUCACGGUGAUCUUCAGCUUGGAGCUACUGUUGCGGCUGAUCGUGUACCGGCUUGCCUUCUUCACGUUGGCUCUGAACUGGCUAGACUUUUCGGUGGUCUUCUUCUCCCUCAUAGAGCUGCUGGCCUCCUCCGUGCCCGGCUCGUCGACCGUCCUGCGACUGGUGCGCCUGGCGAAGCUUGCGCGCGGGCUGCGGGUGGUUCGCAUGGCCAGGGUUAUGGACUCGCUUCACCUGCUGCUGAAGAGUAUCGGUGCAAGCUUCUCAAUGCUACUUUGGUCCAUGCUGCUCAUUGGCGUCAUUCAGUGCACCGCCGGCAUGAUCAUCGGAUAUCUGGUCAUGGACCACCUGGAACAAGACACUUCCCAGCCGGAGGAAGUGCGGCACCUGAUCUACAGGUAUUACGGCACGUUCACCUACACCAUCUUGACCAUGUUUGAAGUGAUUUUUGCCAACUGGCCGAUUCCCUGCCGCAUCCUCGUGGAUCACGUGGAUGAGUGGUACUCCAUGUUCUUUAUUAUCUACCGCUGCGUGGUGGGCUUCUGCGUGCUCAACGUGGUUGGUGCUGUCUUCGUUCAGCAAACGAUGAAGCUGGCAGCAGAUGACCAUGAUCUCUUCAUGCAGCAGCAGACCCGCGCUGCUGAAGCAUACACGCGAAAGAUCAAAGAUGUGUUUACGAAGCUGGACAUGUCGGGCGAGGGCUACAUCUACAUGGAGGAGUUUGUGGAGAUCCUCAACACCCCGACGAUGUCGCAUUUCAUGGCGAAGCUGGAGCUGGAGUCGACGGACCUGCUCAGCUUGUUCAAGCUCAUCGAUGUCGACGACAGUGGGCAGGUCUCCUUGGAAGACUUCAUGACCGGCUGCCAGCGGCUGAAGGGCCCUGCCAAGAGUGUGGACCUUGCGUUGCUGCUAGCCCACACGGCCCGGCUCAACUGCAAAGUUGACAACGUCCUCAAUUUGGUCGGCGGAGAGGCCGGCAUGGAAGACUGGGGAUAUGGAGCUGCCGGAGAUGUCAAGUUGGAGCAGCGCUUUCUUCGCUCGGCAUCAAUGAUCAGGGGAUCUACUCAUGCGCGCGACACGCGGUCCACAACGUCGAUGGAUUCCCUUGUCCCGACAGUCCCGGGCGCUGUGAGCGACCGACCGGCAGCCUGA